UAGGCGGAGCUUGGCAGAACUACAUUUUAAGGAGCAAGCAUUUAUUAAUUCAAGCACAGUGUGGAAACGUUGCGAGGGGACAAGAUCGGUAACUUGGAGCCCACGGAUCCACGGACUGGUCAUUCACCUUCAGCCGUUUACAAAUCCACCUGUUCAUUUAACAAUUAAUAAUGUUGAAAGUGACAUUAGGCCUCGCUCUGGUGACUCUGGUUGCGUGCUCGCAGUACCCCAACAAUGAAGUGUGUGAGGCAGGCCAGACAUGCUGCCAGGAUCUCACCGGAGAGUUCAGCUGCUGCCCUUUCCAUCACGGAGAGUGUUGUGAGGACCACCUGCACUGCUGUCCUGAAGACAUGUUGUGCAGUGUUAUGGACUCCAUGUGUAUAAACGCCACACAUACACUGCUGUUUGUGGAGAGGAUACCGGCUAAACGGACAGACCUUCCCAAAUCCUUCAGAAUGAUUCCCUCAUUACCUGCAAGUGAAGACGACAUCACCUGUCCUGAUGGCUCCUUCUGUCCUGCUGAGUUCUCCUGUCUGCUGAUGGCUUCAUCAUAUGGGUGCUGUCCUGUAGCACAGGGCCUUGUGUGCUCAGACGGGAAACACUGCUGCCCAAAAGACCAUGAAUGCAGUGCAGACAGCAGUUCCUGUGUCAAACUAAAAGAACCAGUCAAGGCUGUUCUUUGUGGAAAUGGGACCUCAGAGUGUCCCGUAGACACCACAUGUUGUGAGACAGAAGAUGGUCAGUGGGCGUGCUGCCCCAUGCCAAAGGCUGUAUGUUGUGACGAUAAAAUCCACUGUUGUCCAGAGGACAGUGUCUGUGAUGUUGAAGGCUCCAAAUGUAUGUCCUCCACCAAUCAGAAGCUGCCUAUGUGGGCCAAAUUCCCUGCACGUCUUAGAGCUGAAUGGGAAGAUCACAAACCUGCAGAAAUGAGGACUAAAGCUGAACUCACUACAACCAGACAAAUCACUACUGCUGGCAAGCAAAUAACUACAUUGCCUGGUGCACUACCAAAGACCUCUGAUGUUCCCUGCAAUGACACUGCGGCUUGUCCUGAUGGAACCACAUGCUGCAAGACUAAAGAAGGAGGAUGGGCCUGCUGUCCUCUGCCAGAGGCCGUUUGUUGUGACGACUUCAUCCACUGCUGUCCUCAUGGUAAGAAGUGUAACGUUGCUGCUGGGACGUGUGAGGACCCUUCAUGUUCUGGUGUGCCCUGGGUGGAACAGGUGCCUGUGCAGCCAAUCAUCAGUCAAGACAAACAAACCUCUGAUGUUCCCUGCAAUGACACUGCGGCCUGUCCUGAUGGAACCACAUGCUGUAAGACUAAAGAAGGAGGAUGGGCCUGCUGUCCUCUGCCAGAGGCCGUGUGUUGUGAUGACUUUGUCCACUGCUGUCCUAACGGUACGACAUGUAACGUUGCUGCUGGGUCUUGUGACGAACCUUCAGGCUCUAAGCCUUGGUUCGAGAAGCUGCCUGCUCUCCCUAGAGCAGGUCAAAAGUCACCUGGGAACGUGAACUGCGACUCUAGUCACGUUUGUCCUGAUUCCAACACUUGCUGUAAGAACAUUGAUGGAGACUGGGGCUGCUGUCCUUUGCCUGAGGCUGUAUGUUGCACAGAUGGGGAACACUGUUGUCCGGCUAACUAUGAGUGUGAUGUGACCAGGGUGUCUUGCAUCAGGGGAAAUGUGGUGAUCCCCUGGUACAAUAAAAUUUCUGCUCAAAGCACACCGGCUCCAAGCUUGGAUCUCGGCACUGUUGAGUGCGACGAGCAGUCGAGUUGCUCUGCAGAUUCCACCUGCUGCCAUCUGUCCACGGGAGAAUGGGGCUGCUGCCCUCUUCCUGAGGCUGUUUGCUGCCCAGACCAGGAGCACUGCUGUCCCAAAGGCUACAGGUGUGACCUGCGCAGACGCUCCUGCAUAAAAACCACCUGGCUGCAUGUGGAAAUAGUCCCACUUGUCCACAUUGAUGACCAAAAGCCACAGUCGAGUGUCUCAGAAAAGGACAUUCAGUGUGGAGGUGGAUAUAGUUGCAAAGAUAGUGAGACCUGUUGUCCAACCUCCCAGACCACCUGGGGCUGUUGCCCAUCUCCAAAGGCCGAGUGCUGUAAUGAUAUGAAACACUGCUGCCCUGCUGGAUACAAAUGUGGCGCGGGUGGAACUUGUACUUCAGCCGUAGGCUUUGACUGGAACAACUGGGACAACUGGAGGGUGUUCUUCUCCAAAAAUAAACGAGCUAUUACUCUGUAAAAAAACAACAAAAACACAAACACCUGGGUUAUUCCCACUCAGUCGCUUAAAUGGCCAACACUCCCUAAAGUGUCAGAUUUAAAAAAAUGAUACAUUUUUAAGUACUAAUCAAAGCUAAUCAGACAGUUCAAUUUAUUUGCAGUUUCAUUAGGGCUGACUAUGAUGGUUAAUAUCUGUUUCCAUUGUCUAUCAGUAAUACCAACUAAAUCUUAUCCACUGAGCCAUUUGUACAUUUUAAGAAUGGGUCAUUAUUGUAAAGUGUACAUUGUUCAUAGUUGUGCAUAGUUUCCAGUGUUUUGGUUACUGCUCAGUUUUAUCUGAAGAAUAAUUUGACUGGAAUGGUGGAAAGAUGUAACACAUAUUGAAGCAUAGAUGACCUCUAGUGGCUGGAUUUAAUUCAUUAAAACGUGGCAUGUACAAAUACCACAGGCCUCAAAGGUUCACAGGUUACAUUUUAUCAGACUUGACAUCAUGCAGUCUUGGGAUUAUGACCGCAUUGCCCUGGAUAAGGAAACAUAUUAGAUUAAUCUUUUCAGAUAACAAGCAUCACCUUUUCUGUGUAACUUCCUUAUUGCAGGUCUUGAUCUUUACCAUGAUUUGUAUAAUUGUCUUUUUUUUUUUUUAAAUGCUGGUUAUAUUGAUUGAGCAUUGUGACAGAUGACAAAAAGUUUUCUGAAGUAAAAAUGUGACCAAUCUGAAACCUUGUCAGCUCUAAAAGAGAAAUAAAAGCGAGAUAAAAG